AUGCCAACGCUGCCCAAGCCAGACGUGGAGGUGCUCUCUCAGCUCAUCGACGAUGAAGACGGACACUAUCGUCUCCGCAUCGGCCACAGAGUCCACUACCUCACAAUCCCCUCGGGCGUAUACGACGACGACACCAUGUGCCGGCCCUAUCUACUCAUCCCGGCGCUGCCAGCCCUUCCCGACUCGCCAUGGACCACCAUGACCAUCUCGCGGGACGCAAAUGGCUCUCUCGUGUCCACCGUGUCCACGAACCCGCUGCCCGAAAUCCGGACGGCCUGGCACGACCAACGCGUCGAUGUCUUGAGCCUGGGGAGGAGGAAGCGCUUCCGCUCGGGGGUGCACGAGGUCGCGUUCAACGGCGCGCCUGCCAUUGUCAAAAUUGCCUGCUUCGAAUGGGACGUGCCUCGGAUCGAGCGCGAGACGUGGGCGUACUCCGUCAUUGCGCGUCACCGCCGCCAGCAUCCCGAGGAGCCUCCCAUUGCACCCGACUUCAUCGCCCAUGUGACCGAGAACGGCAGGAUCAUGGGUCUCCUGCUGCAAAAGGUUGACGGCGAGCCCGCCUGCCCCGACGACUUGCCCGGCUGUGAGGCCCUGGUUCGUCGGCUGCACGGCCUAGGCUUGAUUCACGGCGACGUGAAUCGCUACAACUUCCUGGUUGACCGCGCCUCCGAGGGGGCAGGCGCGCGUCUGGUUGAUUUCGAGCAUGUAGAGGGUUUUGACGACGAGCGGGCCAGACAGGAAUUGUCAUCGUUGCCGGCAGAGCUAGCUGAAGAGACGGGACGGGGAUCGACUGUUUUGCUGCAAUGA